CUGUUCCACGCAAGAAGAAGCGCUGAAGACAGCUAUGCCAAAUGCCAUGCCAAAUGCCAAUGCAGCCAUCAAGCAUCGAGCUCAGCUUGUCUCUCUCUGUUCUCACAAUUUGAUCAUCUCACAAAUCAAAAACAACAACAAACCAAAACACAAACAUCACAAACACAAACUACACAAUGGCUUCUAUCAAGAACUGCAUCGACUGGAACACUAACGCUGUUGCCUUGACCCUCGCCGGACGCAAGGACGAAGCAAUCAGCACUAUCAAGAAGUCCCUCAAGGUCCUCGAAACACUCUUCAAUGCUUCCAAGCAAGGAAUGGAAAUCCCUGAACUUCAAAGCACGUCUUCACAACAGAGCAGCUAUCAACCACCUGUUGUCAGUGUGCCCAUUGCCACUUCCACCAAUGUUAACUCUCCCGCCAACCUCUUCACAUUCUACCCUCGCAUGUUCCGCAUUACCAGCGAGGCCAAGGAUUUGAGCAUCUCCAAGAUCUUGGUUGUCCUCUUGUACAACUUGGCCGUCGCCUCUCACAUGGACGCCAUCACAGAAGAGAUCCCUGAUCCACAACACUUGAAGAAGGUCUUGGAAUUGUACGAGACUGCCAUGCGAGUAGCACACACCAGCUGGAACACCGCUGAUGCCGAGCAGCUCUUGUGCGUCUUGUUGGCUCUUACCAACAAUGUCGGUCACAUUCACUCCCAUCUUCUCAACUUCCAACAGACCCGUGAGUCCCUCAGUCUGCAAAUGCACCUGUUGGCACGGGCAACCGAAGAAAACCCAUUGGCAAUGGAAGACUACGAAAUCUACUUCGAAUCGGUAUGUGUCUUCCUGGACGGACACGACUUGUGCUUGGCACCGGCAGCAUAAGCGACUCCAAGCUUCCCCCUUCCGCAGCCCUCCUGAUGAACAUACUCCGCUGCCUUCAACCUGUACAAAUCUGACAAUACUAACUCCGAUAUCUCAUAAAAGCUCCUAUGCACAGAAUUACUAAUAGACCAAUGAACAGCUAAAGUUUUCCAAUUAUC